AUGUGCCUAGAAAUUUGGAGUAUCACCUUAUAUAUGAAAAUGCUAAAUGCUCCAACUGUUGGUAACAUGGUCUCAUAUAGUGUUUUGACUCCAUAUGUUCUCUACUCAAAAGAAGAGCUUUACAAGGAAAAUGAAGAUGGAUCUUCUCUAGUCUCAAAAUCCAUUUUUGAGUACACCGUUGGAAAGGGCUUGUUUCAAGGAUUCCAAAAAUAUGUUUUUCGUAAUUGUUUGACCACGGGAAGACCUCCAAAACGUCGGUCAAAGUUUGGUCAAAAUCACCGAAAAAACCAGUCACCGGAGAGCCUCGCUGGAGAAGAAGGAGUGACGUCAUCAUUGACCAGAGUUUCAGAAAGUUUCAGUUUAGCCCCUGAAGUUCCAUAA